UGCCCGCCUACCCACGUGGAUCAACGUGGGUAUUACAGGAAAGAGGCAAGGCCAAUUAAAGGCUAUAAUGGCAGCAUCGGCACCUCCUGAUAAGAAAAGGCGAGAGACCCUCUUGAGUGCAGAACUAGGCAAAUACCUUGACAAGAGAAUUAGAGUUAAAUUCCAAGGAGGAAGAGAAACUAGUGGCAUAUUGAAAGGCUACGAUCAACUCCUCAACCUUGUACUGGAUGGUGCUAUUGAAUACUUGCAAGACCCAAAGGAUCAAUUUAAGUUGACAGACGAGACUCGUUCUCUUGGUCUCGUGGUCUGCCGUGGAACAGCUGUGGUGCUAAUAUGUCCAGCAGACACUAUGGAGCCUAUUGCUAAUCCAUUCUUACAACAAGAGCCAUCUUAAGAACAAAUAAUGUAUUAUUUAAUGGACAAACAUGUUUGGAUAGUAAUGUACUGUAUCAGUCUCUCUUAUUAUUAUUGUUUUAGUUUUUUCCUGUUGAGCCAAAUCCUCCAGAGCCUCGCUCUGUUGAAUCCAAA